AUGUCCAAUUCGGGAAUCUUUGCAAUUGGCAUAUGUCGAGAUGAGGAGGUGGCGUGGAUGGUCUGUGAUGAAUUGCCUGCCACGCCCUUCGCGGUUUCAAAUCGUCCUUCUCAGGUUGGUUGCCGCGUUGCUGCACCAGUUACAGGCAGGCAAGACGGCAAAGCCGCAAGGAUAGGGACAGACGUUGGG